AAUCGAAGAUCCCGAUUUGAAGAUCUCCCCUCUCUUGGUCAAUAAACACCCAAACUAGGCAGUCGCAGAGAAUACCUAGUGAUUGAACUAGAAGGGGGACCACUUGUUGGAGUUGCACCGCCAACGAAGGCGCAAUUUUGUAGUUUACUGAGUUGAUCCAUCAAAAAUUAUGGCGAACUAUCACAAAUUGGAAGCCAAAACAGUGGACGAUUUGAAAGACAUCGCAAAUAAAAUAAGAAUACAUUCCAUAGCAUCAACACAAGCGGCAAAAUCCGGACAUCCAACAUCAUGCUCCUCAAUCGCAGAAAUUUUGUCUGUGUUAUUCUUCAACACAAUGAGAUACAAAGUAUCUGAACCAAGAGAUGCAUCAAGUGAUAGAUUCGUUCUUUCCAAAGGUCAUGCUGCACCAGCCCUCUACGCAGCUUGGGCUGAAGCUGGCCUCUUCCCAGUGUCAGAAUUGAAGAACCUGAGGAAAUUUGGAUCAGACUUAGAAGGACAUCCAACUCCUCGUUUGAAUUUCAUCGAUGUAGGAACUGGGUCUUUGGGGCAGGGCUUGGCUAUUGCCAAUGGUAUGGCGUAUGUUGGUAAAAACUACGAUAAAGCAAACUAUAGAGUAUACUGUCUGAUUGGAGAUGGUGAGAGUGCAGAAGGUUCAAUUUGGGAAUCCCUAGCAUUCGCAAGCUACUACAAACUAGACAAUCUCUGCGUUAUCUUCGAUGUCAACCGUUUGGGACAAUCAGAACCAACAGCUUUAGGCCACGAUCUGGACACAUAUCGUAAACGCCUUGAAGCCUUCGGUUUCAAUCCCAUAGUAGUGGACGGUCAUGACAUCGAACAGCUCGUCAAAGCAUUCUAUGUAGCCUCCAGCACCAAAGAAAAACCAACUGCUGUCUUGGCGAAAACUUUCAAAGGCAAAAAUUUCCCAAAAAUCGAGGACUUGGAGAAUUGGCACGGUAAAGCUCUUGGAGACCAAGCAGACAGAGUCGUCCAACAUUUGCAAGGCCUUUUGAAGAACCCAAAUGCACAAAUCCACCCCUUGAAACCUCUGAAAGAUGACGCACCAGUGGUAGACAUCACAAACAUCAAACUUGCCAGUCCUCCUUCAUACAAGAUGGGAGAAUUGGUAGCUACAAGAAGUGCUUAUGGCUCAGCUUUGGUUAAAAUAGCCAAAUCAAACCCACGUGUUAUAGCUCUUGAUGGUGACAUGAAGAACUCAACAUUUUCGGAAAAUCUGAGGAAGUAUGACCCCACCAGAUACAUCGAAUGUUUCAUCGCUGAACAAAGUUUGGUUGGAACCGCCAUCGGAGCUGCGUGCAGAGAUAGAACAGUGGCGUUCGUCUCCACUUUUGCCACCUUUUUCACGAGAGCGUUUGAUCAGCUUCGUAUGGGAGCAAUUUCACAAAGCAACAUCAACGUGGUUGGAAGUCAUUGUGGUGUUAGUAUAGGAGAAGAUGGCCCAAGUCAAAUGGGUCUAGAAGAUUUGGCAUUGUUUAGAAGCAUUCCAGGCUGUACGGUCUUUUACCCAGGAGAUGCAGUAUCUACUGAAAGAGCCAUUGAGCUGGCAGCCAACACUAAGGGUAUUACCUUCACAAGAGUCAGCAGACCAGCAACUCCUAUUCUCUAUUCCAACGAUCAAGUUUUUGAGAUUGGAAAAGCUAUGAUCCACAGAAAGACUAUGAAAGAUCAAGUACUGAUCAUUGGGGCUGGUGUAACUUUACAAGAAGCUUUGAAUGCUUCAACAGAAUUGGCCAAAGGAGGUGUAGGUGCAAGAGUGUUGGAUCCCUUCACCAUAAAACCAAUCGACAAAGACGGAAUCAUCAAGAACGCAAAAGAAUGCGGUGGACUUAUACUUGUGGUCGAAGACCAUUACCCAGAAGGUGGUUUGGGAGAAGCUGUACUCUCAGCUGUAGCUUUGGAAAGGAACAUAAUCGUGAAACAUCUUGCAGUUCAAGAGGUGCCAAGAUCUGGACCUCCAAAUGUGCUUAUUGACAAUUAUGGUCUCUCAGCCAAGAAGAUUGUUAAUGCUGUCAGAGAACUGAUCAAAUUGUACUAAACAAUAACUAUUUCCAAAAAUUUCGUAUUGUAAUUUUUGAACAUUCCAGAUUAAAUGUUGGUGAAUUUUAUAGGAGAGUUCUAUUUUUAAAUAAAAAUCUGUUGAUUA